AGGAACGACCCGCGCAUCAGGGAAUUUCCCUGGCCCGGGGCUGCUAGCUCCAGUCCCAUCAGGAUAAAAGGGGUUCGCUCCGCUCAGAGAGCCACAGAACCCGCUCCACCAGCACUCUCUCCAGCCCUCCCGCCGCAGACACCCACCCUCCGAGCUAAGCCCCAUGGCCAGCGCCGCGAUCGCCGCCUCCCCCUGCGCCCCGCGCUUCCUCCGCGCUGCGCUGCUGCUCCUGCUCCUAGUGGCUGCCGGCCGGCGCACAGCAGCAGGGGCCCCCGUGGGCGGCGAACUGCGCUGCCAGUGCCUGCAGACCGUGCAAGGAAUUCACCUCAAGAACAUCCAGAACCUGAAGGUGACAUCCCCGGGACCCCACUGUGACCAAACGGAAGUCAUAGCCACUCUCAAGAAUGGUCAGGAAGUUUGUCUCAACCCCGCAGCCCCCAUGGUGAAGAAAAUCAUCGAGAAGAUGCUAAACAAGGCCAACUCCAACUGACCAGGGGAGAAGGAAGUUCCUCCAUCACUGUUCCUGAAGUAAGCCCUGCCCUUCCAGGAAUCGAAGAAGGAUUGCCAGCUCACGGGGUCACCUGGGUCCGGUUUAAUAUGUUUGAACAUCUCUUAGGAGGGCUCUUCCACUUAUUUAUUUAUUUAUUUAUUUAACCAUUGCUUAGUUUGCAAAGAUUCUUUGUUAAUAUUUACAGGUAAAAUAAUUAAGGAUGUGAUUGAAUCUCCUCGCACGCCGUAUCAUUGUUUUUAUUAUGUAUUUUAUGAAAGAAAACAAGUUAAUUUAGUCCUGAUUCUUAUUUAACUUGAAGUAGAAUGUUUCCACAUGUUCUCCAGUCAUUAAACUAAUAUUCUGAAGCACCUACAGCAUGCCAGCCCUGUGACAGAGGCCAGGGGAUGCCGGCCAAACUUGAGAUCCUUGUCAGGGUGGGGGAACGUGUGGGUACAUCUCUUUCUGUAAAUGUUUAAAAGAAUGUUAGUUGUUCUUUACUGAAAUGAUUUCAUGGUAUGUGGGCAACAUUUCCCAUGUUGAAGCUUUAAGAACUGUAAUGUUCUAAAUAUCCUUUAGACAUUUUAUGUCUUUCUUGUAAGGCAUAAUGCCUUGUUUAAUGUUACUUACAAAGUGCCUUUCCUUGACUUCGAAAAAAAGAAAUUUCAAUACUUGUGGAUGUUUUUACAUAAAAUAUGAAAAUAAAGUAUUUCAAACGAAA